AUGAGUGCUCACACCCACGUCGUUCUCAACCUCGUACAAGUAAAUCCAGCCAUCGCCGGUCUAGCAACGAUUUCAAUACUCAUACUAAGCAUAAUCGUUCUAUUCGGCGGCUCUGCGUCAAAACACCGACAUGGCAGCAUCUCACCGCCGUCAAUGCCAGCUUACUGGCUCCCCUUCUUCGCACAUGCCUUCCAGUUCUUCUUUAACCAGGACGGAUUCCUUGCAAGUCUCAAGAAGCGAUAUCCCGAGGGUAUCUUUUCGCUCAGCAUGCUAGGCAAGAGACACCACGUCAUUCACGAUCCCUCCAUCAUGAUCAACAUUUGGAAUCGGCCACGCUGCUCAUCAGGAGAGAAAUGGACCGCAGCCCGCGCCCUGACGAAAAGCUUCGGCCUUCGCAAGCAAGACCAGAUCACCUACAGCAACCUUGCACACGAGACACCAGAUCUGUUCAAACACAUGUUAUCCGAGCCUGGUCUAAGCGAAUUCGUGAACGGCAUCGUCGACCAUGUAAAAGAUCACAUUGCCGAAUUUGUCACCUUUAAUCCAUCCGCAGCCGACCAGACCGAUUGGGAGAGGUCUGCCAAGGUUGACGUGGUGCGAAGUUCAAAAGGCGACGAGUUUGUCGAAGCUGAUUUGAUGUCGUUGGUGCGUAAUUUUGUCGCCAAAACUGCAAAUCCUGCGCUCUUUGGAACCGACUUUGUCGAAAACUUCCCCGACUUUUGGGACUUGUUAUGGUUGUUGGACGAUGGCUUCCUUUCUCUUGCCACAGGCUUACCAGGAUGGAUACCCUGGCCAAAGAUGCAGCGCGCAAAAGCCGCCAGACGACGGAUGAUUGCGAAAGCUCGUGAGUUUGAAGAGGCCAUGGAUAAAUAUUUGGAUGGAGAGGACCCGGGAAUCAAAUGGCAAGAUAUGGACAAUGCCAGCACCUUUGUUAAAUCACGCAUCAGCUUGUAUCGAAAACAUGGCCUCUCUGUAGAAGCACGAGCUAGUUGUGACGUUGCCCUGGCUUGGACAAUGAACGCGAAUGCAAACCAGCUGACAUCAUGGUUGCUUUUCGAGCUGUACAGAGAUCCCGUUCUUCUCGAGACGGUACGCGAGGAGAUUGCCCCUUUUGUCCAGGUUGCCCAGCCCCAAAAUGAAUUUGGUUCGGCGGUAUGGAUCGCACCCGAACUUGAGAAGCUCGACAUGGACGGCCUCAUCAAUCAGUGUCCGCAUCUCAAAGCCGCUUACGUUGAAACCAUGCGCGUCUACACUGGCGUCUGGAUAGUCAAGUGGCUAGGGGAAGACGUGGUCGUGGAGCCAAAGGGCAAAAAUACGGAAUCAUAUUUCCUCGAGAAGGGACACAUGGCUCACAUAGCACAUGAAAUGCACCAGUUUGACCCAACCUACUUCCCAAAUCCCAAGGAGUGGCACCACGAUAGGUUCUUGAAACACACGGAGGACACUGGUCGUCCCAACUUACAAGUCGUGGAGAUGGGUACCCUAAGGCCCUUUGGCGCCGGUCCAACUAUGUGCAAGGGACGUGCAAUCGCGCUCCGCGAAAUGCUCUUUUAUGCGGCCAUGGUGCUCUCAUUCUAUGACAUGGUUCCUCCUGAGGGGAAGAGUUGGGAAGAGCCAGAGCUGUCUAAACGAGCCGUUACGAAACAUCCGACAAAACCCAUCAAGGUGUGGAUAAAGAGGAGGAAUGUAAGCUCAUAA